AUUUCGGACGCAAAUCACACACUUCCUAUCCAUCUCUCUCUAAUCUAAUCACACCCACCUCCCCCGCCUAAUCUCCAAUUACCUAGCUAAGCUAAGCUCCGAACUCCUCUCGCCAUGGCGGACCGGACGACGCGCUCGACGCCGCCGCCGCAGUGGGCGGAGCUGCCGACGGACUGCCUCGUGCACGUGUUCCGGCGGCUGGACCUUGACGAGCUGGCGUCCGCCGCGCCGCUGGUGUGCCGCGGGUGGCGCCGUGCGGCCGCGGACCCAUCGCUGUGGCGGGCGCUCGACCUGCGCCGCGACCACCUCGCCCGCUUCAUGCCGUGGGGCGCGCUGGCGGGCGCCCUCGCGCGCCUCCACGGCGUCCACCGCUUCACCCUCGCCGGCUUCCUCAGGCUCUGCGUCGCCCGCGCCGCCGGCACCGUCGCCGACCUCGCCCUCCCGCCGCUACUCUCCUCGUCGGAGCUCGACCACGUCGCCGCCGAGUGCCCGGCGCUGCGGCGGCUCGCACUGCCCGAGCUCCCCCCCGCCGACGACGCGCGCCUCCCGUCACUCCUCCCGCGGUGGCGCCGCCUCACCCACCUGGAGCUCGACUCCAAGCCGUCCUCCUUCCCGGCCGUCGCCGCGGCGCUCGCGCUGCACUGCCCCGACCUCGCCGUCCUCAGGGUCACCUCCGGCUCCGUCAAGCCCGAGGACGCCGCGGCCAUGGCGGCGGCGUCGCCGCUGCGUGGCCGCCUCCGGUCGCUGUGCCUGGACCGCUGCUACCUCCCCAGGCAGGAGCUGCUCGCCAUCCUCGCCGGCUGCGGCGGCGCGGCGCCGCUCCGCGAGUUCACGGCGAGGUUCUGCGUCGGCUUCGACGACAAGGACGAGGAGGUGCUCGCGCGAGGCGCCGCCAUCGAGCGCUUCGACAUCGGAGGGUCCAGAUUGCUCGACGAGCCCGACGGCGACGCGACCAACGGUGAUGAUUACUGCGACUCCUCCUACGUCGAUGUCAUCUGAUUUUCUUUUAAUACUUUUGAUUUUCUUUUUCUUCUAUAUAUAUAGGUGUAUACGUGUAGUUAGACGACGUGUAAUUUUUGUGAGCAUUUUCUGAAUUUUUCUCUAGAAAGAAAGUGUUUGAUUUAUCCGGUAUUGUUGCAUCUGGUCUUUCAAUGGCUAAACUAGCUAGCUCCCGGGCUGAUCGGACGACUAUCAUGUGUAGUAAUUAAAAAUCAUUAUGAGAAAUUGUUGUCAGAUAGUAAAAUCUAUUUAGAUGUCUAGAGCCUCGACUACAUCGUUGGCUCAGCCAAUGUUGGCCUUGUAUUUGAUAGGUGUCAAAGUAGUUGAAGUGGUUGACAGGGCAUUUCUUUCUUUUGGAUGGGAUUUUUUGUGUUUACAUUUGGGUGUACAGAUAGUUUGGUGUAUAUAGGUAACGACCAAAGAGUUGUGCAGCUCAUGUAGGGCUGUUAAAAAAGCUCGAGGCUGCUCAAGCUCAGUUCGUCUCAGACUCGAAUCGAGCCCGGUUCAAACUCUUAACGAGCUAAACCCCCUAAUUGCAAGCUUGCGAUCGAGCUCUGUGAAGCUGAGCUCAGGUUUCUCAUGAGCCUAACUACGUGUAAUUUUUAUUUUUUAUAUGAUAUAAGUUCAUAGCUCAAGGAUAAA